AACCUGGGCCAAGUGGCGACGGGUCGACAGUUCCAGUGGGACGACCCAAUAACCCGUCCAUAAUUAUCACUGGGCUAUUGUACUUGGCUGAGUUGAAACUUUGAGAGACAAGAUGCGACUAAGAUUUCCAGCCUAAAUUAACUCGUCAAAGAUAAAGCAAGUAUUUCUUUGGCCAACCAGUAUAAUCAAAUCCUACAAAAUGUCAUUGGGAUUCAUCUUUCCCCUUCUACUUCUGGCAGUUGCUGAUGUUCAAGUUCAAGGGACUUCAGCUUGUGAGACGCUCCCAUCCACCAUUCAUAUCAUCAAAGAAAUCUACGCUGCGAAUGGACAGAUGGAAAGGACAUGCGAAGGGGAGGUUGCCGUGAGCAAAUGUGAAGGAAGUUGCGCUUCGAAAGUUCGACCGUCAGCUGUAUCUCAUUCUGGUUUCAUGAAGGACUGUCAAUGUUGCCGAGAAUCGAAUCUUCGUUCGAGAGAAAUAACGUUGACAAAAUGCUAUGAUCAGGACGGGAAAUUGUUGACGGGGGACAAGGAGACAUACGUUAUCUCUCUUAAAGAACCAGCGGAUUGUCGCUGUUAUCGAUGCGGGGAGUCAGCCCAAAUACGAUAAUCGUUUAUUUGGACUAUAUAUGCUAAAAUAAUGUACAUACUCGCACAUUGACACUGGACUUUGAAUACUAUUUCUAGGAUGUUCUCGGCGCCCAUACCCACAUCCAUGCAUACGAUUCCCUGUAAUAAUAAUAAUUUAAUGUAUAACUAACAUACUAAUAAAACACGUUGCUUGCUCGCUUAUAA